AUGGCUUGGAACCAACUUAGAAAUGCAACUGGUAGAAGAGUAGUUGUCACUGGAAUGGGACUGACUACACCUAUUGGAAAUACAUUACCACAAGCUUUAGAUGCCCUUAUAGGUAGAAAAUCAGGUGUAAAGCCCCUUAAUCAUCAAUUAAUGCCUGAUCUUGACCAAAUCCCAGUAAAAAUCGGAGGUUAUUUAGAUGUUGAUUACGAGUACUGGAAAAACAUGAUGCCGUGCAACAAAACAAAAACAAAUGUCCAUGGAUUUUCUGCAGUCUACAAAGCAAUGCAAGAUAGUGGUUUCAGACCAUCUUCUGAAGAAGAAAGAGAAAGAUUUGGCUGCAUCAUGGGCGCAGGAGUCAGCUCUGUCUUUGAAUUUAUGGGAGGUCUUCAUGACGUUUACGCAAAUGGAUCGAAUAUUGAUAUAAUCCCAGCAGACUAUGCUGAGAAAAUUGAUAUUAAUGGCCUUAACAAUAUAAUCAGUCGCUAUUUUGGAGCAAAAGGACAUACAGAGGCUGUGAGCCCAGCUUGCGCUACAGGCCAUGCUGUAGUCCAAGAAGCUUUUAGGAGCAUCAUGCUAGGAGAGUCUGAUGUCUGCAUUGCAGGAGCUGCUGAGACCAUUGUCCAUCCAGUAAUCUUAAAAGGAUUUGCUUUACUGGGCUGCAUUAAUACCAAGAGCAACGAAAAUCCAGCAGAAUCUUCAAGGCCAUUAGACGAAAAUAGAGAAGGUCUUGCAGGUGCUGACGGAGGAAAUGCUGUAAUUCUUGAAGAACUUCAGCAUGCUCUGGCUCGAGGAGCUAAAAUAUAUGGAGAAGUUAAAGGAUACAACAUGAAUUGUGAUGGAUUUCAUCUAACCAAGCCAACACCUAGAGGUGAAGGGAUUUACCGAACAAUGCUAGGUGUACUAGGCAUGACUGGGAUGAGGCCAGAAGAUAUUGAUUUACUCCCCCUAUGUUAGCGACCCAAAUUUUCAAAAUGCUGGCUAUCUAAAUUAAUAUAUUUAUUUGAGAUUUAUUAUUAUAAUUAUUAGCAAUGUUAAGCAUGGUCUGCAUUUAAAACAUUAUAUUAAAACAAAUUUCUUGAUUGCUAGCUAAGGGUGGUUUUCAAUGGGCUUGCUCGCUAGCCAGAGUGAAGAAGUUAGUGCUUGCCCAUGCAACUGCUACAAAGGCUGGGGAUUUCGCUGAGGUGAAUGCUAUUGACUCAGUGUUUGGAAACUUGAGACCUCAUAUUACCGCUGUGAAAGGGCAUACUGGGCAUAUGAUGUGCGCUGUUGGGACUUUCCACGUCAUUUCAGCAUUACUUAUGAUUUCUAAUGGAGUAGUUGCACCAAUUAUGAACUUGAAAAACCCAUUGAAAAUCAAUGGUAAAGAACUCAAUUUUGCCAAGGAGCCGGUUUAUACACAAUUGAACAAUGUUUUAAUAAAUGCAGUUGGGUUUUCGGGGAUGAAUAAUUCUUUAAUAUUAUCAAGAUACGCACCUUAA